AUGAUGGCAGGCGUCUCCACAGGGCCCAUCUUAGCCCCCCUCCUGGUCCGGUUCCUGCAAGAAGAGUACGACUACACGGGCGCCACACUCAUCACGAGCGCUGUAGUGCUUCACUGCUGCGUCGGCGCCGCCCUCUUCCGCCCGAUCAGGACCGACUCGCGGGAACCUUCGGCCGAGCAGUCCAAGACCCACGUCUGGAGGCUGUUGCUGCGAGUGAUCCGCGGAACCUUCACCAAUCUCUACAUCCUAAAGUCGCCGAGAGCUGUCAUCAUCGCUGUGAGCGGGGCCUUCACUCUCAACAGCUGGCUAAACUUUAUUGCAUUAAUGCCCUUUGCUGUGCAAGCAGCAGGUUACUCUCUCCAGGAUGCAGCUUUGUGUGUUACCACGUCUGCUGUGUGCAAUUUAGUCGCCCGUUUAAUCGUCUCGGCGUUAUCCGACUGGCCAAGGUUCAGCAUGAGAGCCUGUUACAUGGCUAGUACGGCCACCAUUGCUGCGACGACUGCAGCAUUUAGUAUGACUCAUGACAUCACAUGGCUGACUGUAAUCAUGGGUGUGUGGGGCUUCGGAGUGGGCAGCUACAUGGGCAUCUACAACCUCAUCAUGGUGCACUACAUGGGCCUGGAAAAACUGACCUCGACAAUCGGUGCCACAUUUAUGCUGGUUGGCAUUGGCUUCGUUACUGUUGGCCCGGCGAUAGGCCUGAUCCGAGACCUGAGCGAGAGCUAUUCGGCGAGCAUGCUAGUCUUGGCCGGCAUGGCCGCCGCGGCCUUUGUGCUCUGGGUCCUCAUGCCGACGGCCGCUCGCUGCGACCGGCGGAAGGAGCAGAGACAACGAAAUAAAUCUCAAUGA